UCGUUUUCUCAAACUCUAUCUUUCAUCUUCUGCUUCCCUCACAAUGACCACCAAUGAAGUCCCACAAUCAAACCCUCCGUUCGAACAGAUUCUCGACUGGCUUGAAGACUCGGUUUCUUUCUUCCCAUCUUUCUUGGACGAUCCUUACCACUCCAAUGAUAACCAAUGGUGGGAAGAAGCCCACGAUCUCAUUCAUGGAAACACCAACUCUCUCGCCAACAACGCUAACAUUGAUGUAGCAGAAAAUCCAGUCACCUCGAUCUCUGAGACGCCAUCAUCGGAGUCAUCGAAGAAGAGAAAAUCGCCGGACGGCCCGGUUUCGAAUACGUCCUCACACAUUGACCGGAAGGCAAACACCGGCCGGCAGGUCAACAAGGCCGAAACUGAUGAAAAGAAAGCAGCCGAUGAGGUGACCGCACCUCCGGCUAAGAGAGCAAAUAACAACAGGAAAGGAACAGGGAAAGGUACUGGAAAUAACUGCAGUAACGGUAAUAGCAAGGAAGGGAGGUGGGCUGAGCAGUUGCUAAACCCUUGUGCAUCAGCAAUCACUAGUGGGAAUCUGACACGUGUCCAGCACCUCCUCUACGUCCUCCACGAGCUCGCCUCACUCACCGGCGAUGCCAACCACCGCUUGGCAGCUCACGGCAUCCGAGCGCUGACUCACCACCUGUCAUCAAACACCUCCUCCUCUACUCCGAAUGCCUCUGCCUCGAUAGGAAAUGUUGUCACGUUUUCUUCAACAGAACCAAGAUUUUUCCAGAAGUCUCUGCUCAAAUUCUACGAGGUGAGCCCAUGGUUUGCUUUCCCUAACAACAUAGCCAACUCUGCAAUACUACAAGUACUCGCCGACGAAUCUAAUCGAGCUAGUGUUCUUCACAUUGUUGACAUUGGUGUUUCUCAUGGUAUGCAAUGGCCGACUCUGCUGGAGGCCUUGACUCGCCGCCCAGGUGGGCCUCCUCCGAUGGUGAAAAUCACAGUCAUUGGAGCUUCCACAGUCGAGAACAAUCAAAACUCUGAAGCACCAUUUUCAAUUGGUCCUCUUGGUGACAAUUACUCAGCUAGACUUCUCAGUUUUGCAAAAUCAAUGAACAUCAAUUUACAAAUCAACCGCCUUGACAAUCAGCCACUGCAAACACUAAACUCUCAAGUCAUUGGCGCCUCCAGUGAUGAGACAUUGAUUGUUUGCUUGCAAUUUAGGCUUCACCAGUUGAACCACAAUACUCCUCUACAUGAAAGAACCAAGUUCUUGAAUGUUUUAGGGAACAUGGAGCCGAAUGGGGUGUUAUUAAGCGAGAACAACAUGGAAUGUAGCUGCAAUAGCUGUGGGGAUUUUGCUACAGGGUUCUCACGGCAAGUGGAAUACCUCUGGAGGUUCCUGGACUCAACUAGCGCGGCAUUUAAAGGGCGUGAGAGCGACGAGAGGAGGGUGAUGGAAGGAGAGGCAGCAAAGGCAUUGACUAACCGAGGCGAGAUGAAUGAAGGGAAAGAGAAGUGGUGUGAGAGAAUGAAGGAGGCGGGGUUUGUGGGGGAAGUUUUUGGAGAGGAUGUCAUUGAUGGAGGGAAAGCCUUGUUGAGGAAGCAUGAUAGCAACUGGGAAGUGAGAGUGGAUGAGAAAGAUGGGUGUCUAGGGUUGUGGUGGAAAGGUCAGCCUGUUUCAUUUUGUUCAUUGUGGAAGCUUGCAAAACCAUAGUGAUUAAGUUAUGAUCGAUCGUAUUGUUGCGUAGCUAUUAUCAUAUGAAUUUGAUAGGUUGUGAAAGUACGUAUAAUUAAGUUCACUUUCUCCUUUGUUCAACUUAACAAGUGUUUGUGAUUUCCAAUUCUAUACAAUGCAGAACCUUACUAGCUAUCCAUUCAAAUUUAGCUGAGGACUGAGGCUAGUUAUAGCUAGAUAUUUAGUAUAACCAGUUAACCACACAUGGAAUUUUUGGUUAUGUUGGCUUGGUUUGGAUUCCUGUUGCUUGGAUGACUGAACUGAAUCUGUAACAUAUGAUG